GAGCGGGGCAGCCUGAGCUGCUGCGGGAGGCGACAAGGAAGCGGCGCGUCCCGGGAGGCGUGCGGGACCGACCAGCCGACGGGCAGCGCGGAGGGGCAGGGCCCGGGGCGAGCACAAAAUAAACAGCCGGGAAGGUAAAACAAUAGCGGGCCACCUGGGACGCGGCGCGCUCCUCUCCCACGGCGGGAGCCCUAGUCGCGGCCCCCGCGCCCCAUCCUCAUCCGGCCGGGCGGAGGGUGGGGCUGGCCGCCGCGCCGAGCUGGUGGGAGGCCACGGCCAACCCCAGGAGUGAAGCAUUUGCUCAAAGUAUUUCAGAACAAUCGGGCUCCCGGCAGUCGCCCUGCUCUGGGCGGGGAAACUGAGGCGUGGGGCAGGAAAGAAAUCUGGCUUUGUGGGACCGCUUCGGGCUGCCGAAUGCCAGCUUGCCUCGGGCGUCCUGGGAGGGUCUGGGGCAGGUGACAGCUCCUUGACCUACCACCGUGGAUGGAGAUGGACUUUUUGAUGAAGAAACCCGAACUGUCGAUACCAGUCAGUAUGAUUUGGCUGUCCAAGGUUUUGACGAAACCCGCUCGGUUCCCUUUGGGGAAUCCAAAUGAGAGUCAUCACGGACACCUUCACUGGGAAGCCAAGGACAUUUCUGUAUAAUCAGCGGAUGAAAGGAUUUUCUCAGACUCUUUUUUCCCCCCUUUUCCUUGAGGAUUAAUUCACCAGAAUCCACAGUUCCGGUAGAGACCGUAAGGCAUACAAUGUGGCAGAAGCCUAGAGCGCCUUCAGAAUUGCUCUGGACCUUUUAGAGGACUCUGCACACGGGCCUCUCCUCCCCCUGCCCCCAACUCCCUCCCUCUAAUCAGUCUUUGACUGGUUCUCAUUUUCUGAGUUAAGUUCUAUUUCCAAAAGCGUUCUCUGGAGUUAGAAGUGGUUUGGCAGAAAUGAGAGAUUAGGUGGUGGGGGAAGGUGUGGAGUCCUGUGUUGUCUACACCUACCUCUUCCUGCUGCUGCCGACAUGAGGUGCUUUUUCCCAGUGCUGAGCUGUCUGGCUGUGCUGGGUGUGGUGUCAGCUCAGCGGCAGGUCACCGUCCAGGAAGGACCCUUGUACCGCACAGAGGGCUCCCACAUCACCAUCUGGUGCAACGUGAGUGGCUACCAGGGCCCCUCUGAGCAGAACUUCCAGUGGUCCAUUUACCUGCCCUCUGCCCCGGAGCGAGAGGUGCAGAUUGUCAGCACUGUGGACUCAUCCUUUCCUUACGCCAUCUAUACCCAGCGUGUCCGUGGCGGGAAGAUCUAUGUGGAGAGAAUCCAGGGGAACUCAGCCUUAUUGCACAUCACAGAGCUUCAGGCUCGGGAUGCUGGGGAGUAUGAAUGUCACACGCCCAACACCGAUGAACGCUAUUUUGGGAGUUACAGUGCCAAGAUGAACCUAGUGGUGAUUCCAGAUUCUCUGCAGACCACGGCCAUCCCCCAGACUCUGCACAAAGUAGAGCAGGACCCACUGGAGCUCAGUUGUGAGGUGGCCACAGAGACCAUCCAGCACAGCCAUCUGUCUGUAGCCUGGCUACGGCAGAAGGGUGGUGAGAGGCCGGUGGAGGUCAUUUCCCUGAGUCGAGACUUCAUCCUUCACUCCAGCAGCGAAUAUGCCCAGAGGCAGAGCCUGGGAGAGGUGCGGCUGGACAAGCUGGGGAGGACCACCUUCCGCCUUACCAUCUUCCACCUGCAGCCUUCCGACCAGGGAGAGUUCUACUGUGAGGCCGCUGAGUGGAUCCAGGAUCCAGAUGGGUCAUGGUACGCCAUGACCCGAAAGCGCUCUGAGGGUGCUGUAGUCAACAUCCAGCCUACCGACAAAGAAUUCACUGUCCGGCUGGAAACAGACAAGCGACUGCAUACAGUGGGUGAGCCGGUGGAGUUCAGAUGUAUCCUUGAGGCUCAGAACAUUCCUGACCGGUACUUUGCUGUCUCCUGGGCAUUCAACAGCUCACUCAUCGCCAGCAUGGGGCCUAAUGCUGUGCCGGUCCUCAACAGCGACUUUGCUCACCGAGAAGCCAAGGGACAGCUUAAGGUGUCCAAAGAGAGUGACAGUGUCUUUGUGCUGAAGAUCUACCACCUCCGCCAGGAAGAUAGUGGAAAAUACAAUUGUCGUGUGACCGAGCGAGAGAAGACAGUCACUGGCGAGUUCAUCGACAAGGAGAGCAAGCGUCCCAAGAACAUACCUAUCAUGGUCCUCCCCCUCACAGAUAACUGGGUAGUUAAAGUCCCCCAGCACCACCAGAUCCUGCCCCAAGGCCACUUGGAGAGCAGCAUUUCCGUGGAGGUGGCCAGCAAUGCCAGCGUCAUCCUCGAGGGAGAGGACCUGCGUUUCUCCUGCAGUGUCCGCACAGCAGGCAGGCUGCAGGGCCGCUUCUCUGUCAUCUGGCAGCUUGUGGACAGGCAGAACCGGCGCAGCAACAUCAUGUGGCUAGACCGGGAUGGCACCAUGCAGCCAGGCUCAUCGUACUGGGAGCGCAGCAGCUUUGGCGGCAUCCAGAUGGAGCAGGUGCAGCCCAACUCCUUCAGCCUGGGCAUCUUCAACAGCAGGAAAGAGGACGAGGGCCAGUACGAAUGCCAUGUGACGGAAUGGGUACGGGCUGUGGAUGGCGAGUGGCAGGUUGUGGGCGAGCGCCGUGCCAGCACCCAUGUCUCCAUCACAGCUCUUGAAAUGGGCUUUGCGGUCACAGCCAUCUCCCGGACACCAGGGGUGACCUACAGCGAUUCCUUUGACUUGCAGUGCAUCAUCAAACCCCAUUACCCAGCCCGGGUCCCUGUGUCAGUGACAUGGAGGUUCCAGCCGGUGGGCACUGUUGAGUUCCAUGAUCUGGUGACCUUCACACGGGAUGGAGGGGUCCAGUGGGGGGACAGGUCAUCCACUUUCCGAACUCGGACUGCCAUUGAGAAGGCCGAGUCCAGCAACAAUGUCCGCUUGAGCAUCAGCCGGGCCAGUGACACGGAGGCUGGCAAGUAUCAGUGUGUGGCAGAGCUGUGGAGGAGGAACUACAACAACACCUGGACACGGCUGGCAGAAAGGACCUCCAACCUGCUGGAGAUUCGAGUGCUGCAGCCAGUGACAAAGCUGCAGGUGAGCAAAUCAAAGAGAACCCUCACAUUGGUGGAAAACCGGCCCAUUCAGCUGAACUGCUCAGUUAAGUCUCAGACCAGCCAGAACUCGCACUUCGCUGUGCUAUGGUACGUCCACAAGCCCUCAGAUGCAGACGGCAAGCUCAUCCUCAAAACCACCCACAGCUCUGCCUUUGAAUACGGCACCUAUGCUGAGGAGGAGGGCCUGAGAGGCCGCCUGCAGUUCGAGAGGCAUGUGUCAGGGGGCCUGUUCAGCCUGACUGUGCAGAGAGCUGAGGUCAGUGACAGUGGGAGCUACUACUGUCACGUGGAAGAGUGGCUACUGAGCCCCAACUACGCCUGGUACAAGCUGGCAGAGGAGGUUUCUGGGCGCACAGAGGUCACUGUGAAGCAGCCAGACAGCCGCCUGAAGCUCAGCCAAGCCCAGGGAAACCUGUCCAUUCUGGAGACACGGCAGGUACAACUGGAGUGUGUGGUCCUGAACCGCACUAGCACGGCCUCCCAGCUCGUGGUGGAGUGGUUUGUGUGGAAGCCCAACCACCCAGAGCGGGAAGCCGUGGCCCACCUGAGCCGAGACGCUACCUUCCACUAUGGUGAGCAAGCUGCCAAAAACAACCUGAAGGGCCGGCUGCACGUGGAAAGCCCUUCCUCUGGGGUGUACAGACUCUUCAUCCAGAACGUGGCCGUGCAGGACAGUGGGACCUACAGCUGCCGUGUGGAGGAGUGGCUGCCCAGCCCCAGUGGUGUGUGGUAUAAACGGGCAGAGGACACUGCCGGACAGACAGUGGUCACAGUCAUGCGACCUGAUGCUGCCCUCCAGGUGGACACAGUCGUCCCCAAUGCCACGGUGUCUGAGAAGGCAGCUUUCCAGCUGGACUGUAGUAUCCUGUCUCGAUCAAGCCAGGAUUCCCGCUUUGCUGUGGCCUGGUAUUCCCUAAGGACUAAAGGUGGCGGAAGGAGGGGAAGCCUUGGCAUUGAAGAACAAGAGGAGGAGAAGGAGGAAGAAGAAGAGGAAGAGGACAAGGAAGACCCAACAGAGAAGGCGGUUCUGCUGAGUGUGGGUCCAGAUGCUGUCUUCGGCCCUGAGGGUGGACCCUGGGAAGGCAGGCUGCGCUUCCAGAGGCUCUCACCCCUGCUAUAUAGGCUCACAGUGCUGCAGGCAAGUCCCCACGACACAGGCAACUACUCCUGCCAUGUGGAAGAGUGGCUGCCCAGCCCUCAGAAGGAGUGGUACCGGCUGACGGAGGAGGAGUCUGCCCCCAUUGGCAUCCGGGUUCUGGACACAAGUUCCACCCUCCAGUCGCUCAUCUGCUCCAAUGAUGCGCUCUUCUAUUUUGUCUUCUUCUACCCUUUCCCCAUCUUCGGCAUCCUCAUCAUCACCAUCCUGCUGGUGCGCUUCAAAAGCCGGAACUCCAGCAAGAACUCUGAAGGGAAGAACGGAGUGCCCCUGUUGUGGAUCAAGGAACCGCACCUCAACUACUCUCCCACUUGCCUGGAGCCCCCUGUGCUCAGCAUCCACCCAGGAGCCAUAGACUAAGGAGGGUGGCGCCCCAGUGGACGUUGGCCACGGAGGGGCGCUGUGGGCUCUCCCUCACUGCCUCUUGCUCUGUGAUUGGACUCUCGACAGCACUGAACUCUGCAGGACCCCUGCAGAAAACAGUCAGGCCUGGAAUGUGUUAGAAGCACCCAGUCAGUCACAGGGAUGACUGCCUCCAGGUGGCAGUCCUACUGUCCUAGGUUUCUAGUCUUUGGUUCUGGUAAUGUAGUGAGUAGCUCCAGAUGCCACUUCUCAUGAGUCUGUCUAGUAUUCUCAAAUUGAUGUGAUGGGGGAUCCUGUUCUUGUCACAUCCUCUUUUUUAGGUCCCUUUGCUUUACCCCUUUUGGAUCCCACAAUGUUGUGGAUGAGUUUCUCUCACAACUGACAGCAAGAAGAAGGACGGCUUUGUAGUAACAAGGAGUCUCUUCCAAGUCGUUUUUUUGUUUUUGCACAUUUGGAAAUGCCACCCAUGGAUCAAAAUACACCCAAACAUUUUUUACUUUCUUAACAAGACUUGGGAAAAAAAAAAAUGUGUGUGUAGCGUGGGCCCAAUUUGUAUCUUAUCUUUUUCCCUCAGCUGGAGUUGUUGGAACCACUUUGUAGUCAAGAUGAAAGCAUUGAAUUUUGCUUCAAAGAACUGCAUAUGUGCAAGAGAAAUCCUGCAGAACCCCAUUAGGAGUUAGAUGGUGCCGGACCAACCGAUCUGUCAGGGAGGCAAAAGAAACUUCGUCCUGUUCUUGCCAAAAACUAAGCAAGCUGUCUUGGAAGAUGGGUUAAGGGUUCCAGACAGUUUCCGAAGGCAACCUAAAGCAGCUACCAACCUAUCGAUCAAUGCCAGUGGCUAGAGAGGGGAAGGGGGAAAGACUAGCUGUUGGCUUGACUGUUCUGCAAGUGCAGUUCUGACUGAAACCUCUGAGAAGGUGGCUUUCGUCUGCAGAUGCUUUGACAGAUUCUCAAGAGGAAGUGUCCAGUGAGCCUGAAGGGGCCCACCCUGAGCCAUCUCACUCAGCUUGGGAGAGUGGUGGGCAGGGAGGGAGUUUCAGGAUCUGAUGUACCAGAGAGCCUGGAGGAAUACCUACCUCUCCUGAGGUUUGAAAACUAGGCUUUCUGUCUUCCUUCCACUGAGCUUUUCCUCAGAGAUACUGAAGUCUUCCUUAUUCAACAUUGAUCCCCUGCCCCUCCAUCUCACUGCCAUGAGACUGUUGUCCUAAGUGAGGGCCAGACUCAGCCCUGCAAGACUAUGAGUACCUGGAUUGAAUGGGGGGAGGGGGCAAUUGUCCUUUCCUUUUCUUGGAUCUUUUCUGUGGUUUUAGGUUAUUUGGCUAUAAUGGUAGCUUAAAAUUUUUCAACCCAAAGAUCGACCGCUUCCAUUUUGUUAGGCCAGGUCCUUAGCUGGCCUGGAGCCUUGUCAGUCUCAAAUUGUGUCUUUUGCUCACUCUGUGAAGUUUUUGAAGCUCUUGCUUCCUCAUAUUUCCCUGGCCAAGUGUUCCGCCGUACCUCCUUUGGGAGCUUGCAUCUUCAAUCCCAAAAUGGAGCUCUAGGAAAAGCUGCCAAGGAUUGCGAAAGUUAAUCUAACAAGCAUGAUUCCUGUGAGAUCUGCUCCUGAGAAUAUACAGUCUCCAAAGAGGCUGUGGGACUCAUAGGCCCUGAAGUCAUGUGGCCAUGGAUGCUUUCGAGGGGUCUGUUGGGAUGUAGGCUAUGUGGGCUGCGUAGUAGGAUGUUGUGCUGGGUGGCAGAGGAGAGGCACAUUGGCUGUGGCCAUCUGACAGACCUGCCUUUUCUUUCCCAGGACUCAAGUACUCUGAGACAGCAUUUAGGCACCGCCCCCUUAAUCCUGCUGGUGCUACCCUGCUGAUUCUCAGUUAUGCUGUAUCAACAUGUUAGAGGUACCGCAUUGGCUCAGUCAUGAAGAAAGAAUGUCUUUUGCUCCAUUUCGGGGGUGUGGGCCCUCGGUGGGAAACUGCUGACUCCUUAUUUUUAGGCUGAGUCAACAAGGGAAGAUUGACUCUUCCUCUGAAUGGGAAGAUGCCAGAGGGCCGGUCUCGAUUAAGACUUCAGUGCAGAUUGGUUUGUAGCAGUAGAGACACAGAAAUAUGUGAAGUGAUUGCAGGACAUUGGAAAGGAAAAAGAAACCGAAGCCAGUAUUUUAACAAUUGCUUUUUGCGUGUAUUUUUCUGCGGGGCUGGGGGGUUAUCAUCAAAAGUUGAGCUCUUUUGUGCUUUCAAUAUAAAAACCCCAGGACCUUUCUCUGGCUAUUUCUAUGGAAGAGUCAGGUGAAUGGUGAUGGUGCCCUCCGGUGGCUUCAAGACCUCAUUGCUCGUUGUUCAGUGGGGCUUCAGUCUUCUGAGCUGGAGCUCCCGGAUGCUCCUGACCUGUAUUUGCCAACGUUGCGUUUAUGAAAACCUCCACUGUGCUUGGCACAUCCUGGGAUAUGAUAUGACCACACCCUCUUUCAUCAGGGUGUUUCUGUAGCAAGUUUUCAUAUUCUUUUCAAACAAUGGUUUCUCUGCGUUCAUUGUUGAUGACAAAAGAGAGAGAUGGGAUAAGAAAACUACCCAUGCAUGAAGUAGAGAGCUGUUGAUUUAUUUCGUUUUUUAAAGGAAAAACUAUUUGUAAGAUGUUGCACUAAGACGUUUUAUAUACACUUCAGAGACCUGUAGUAAAUUAUGUUGACAAUAUGACUGUUUACAUUUUCUGGA